AUUCAAACCCCGGCCGUCUUCCUCCUCCUCUUGCAUCCCCUUCUCUCUCUUCGCUACGGGAGAGGAGAGAGAGGGAGAGACCGAGGCCGAGACCUCGAGGCGGCCGCGUGGCGUCUCGAAGUUGGGGGAGGAAUCCAUUGAAAAAUCCGCGCGUGGGGGGCGGAGGCGAUUCUUCCGCUUCGGGCGGCGAGAGGCAAAGCAUCCGAAGCUAGCAGUUUUGCUACUGGAGCAUUGUACUGAUCAGGUUCAGUCACAAUUGCAUGGUUACUGCUCUGAAUGUGGUAAUCUUGGGAAAAGAUGAAAGAAGAUAUCAUGUUUGACAACCAAACAAAGCCAUGCAGAUCGAGGGUUGACUCCAAAAGCAAUCCAAGUUCUCUGAAGCCCAAGUUUGGAUCCUCAUGGGGUUCCCAAAUUGUCAAAGGGUUUACAACAGACAAGAAAACCAAGAAGACAGCUGCCAUUGCAAGCAAGAAACCACCUCUUGCGACUGUUGAAAAUGUCAAUCAGACCAACCAACAGAUUCCAUAUCACUCUAGGGUUAAAAGAUCUCUUAUUGGAGACUUCCCUUGCUCACCAGCUGGUGCUCAAGUCCAUCCCCAUGUCUUUGAUUGCCACAAUAUUAGGUCCCCCGCAUCUCAUGAUCUUUUCCUUGAGUUGGAUCAUCUCAGGGAACAACUGCGUGAGUCGAAAGAAAGGGAGCUAGCAUUACAGGCAGAGUUGCGGCAAUGCAGAGAAAACCCAAGAGUUUCAGAACUUGAGAAGGAGCUUGAUGCUAGGAAAGGUGAAAUUGACAGGCUUUCACGACUUAAUACUUCAUUAGAAGCUGAGAAAACAAGUCUGUCUGAACAAUUAUCAGCUCUAUCUUCUAUGGUAGAACAACGUGAGGAAAAUGUAAGAUUAGAUGGGCAUGGCAAUCGGGUACCUAUUCUAGAUGGGGACAAUACAUCUUCUUCAGGAAACUUGGAAUUUGAAGUUGUUGAACUACGCCGGUUAAACAAAGAGCUUCAGUUUCAGAAACGAAACCUAGCAAUUAAGCUCUCUUCAGCUGAGUCCAAAUUGACUGGCCUUGAGAAGAAUGCAGAGAGUGAUAUUGUUGCCAAGGUUCAAGCUGAGGCAUCGUUGCUGAGGCACACAAAUGCAAAUCUGAGCAAGCAAGUUGAGGGAUUGCAAAUGAGUCGGCUAACCGAGGUUGAGGAACUUGCUUAUCUUCGGUGGAUCAAUUCAUGCCUACGCCAUGAGCUCUGUAACUCGGAUCAAGCAGCUAGAGCAAUGACUGAUAUAGAUUAUAAUGGUGGCAUGGUUUUUAAUGAGUUUGGUAGCAUUGAAGGUGAUGCAAGAAAUGCUGAGGACAAUUCCGAUAUAAAAUUCAGCAUUGCAGAACGCAUCAAACAGUGGUCUCAGAAUGAUAAGAGUUGUCAAGCAUCUAAAAAGGAAGCACUUCUUGAUAGGGCCUGGGUAGAAGCAGCAGAAGCACGAAGUCCGACACGUAGGCACUCACUUGGUGGGCCAAAGGGAUGUGCGCAAGACUUCAACAUCGUGAAGAGAAGGCAAUCUGAUACCUUUAUCAGCCUUCCAGAUGCAACAGAUGAGUCAUUCUCCUGUGAUAAGGAUCCGACAAUCAGGGAGAAGCAUGAUCUUCUCGUGGACAAGUAUGAUUUUGGUCGAUCUGAAAGUUCAAGAUUUGUUCUUGGCAAGUCAGAAGUAUGUAAGUCUCAGUGUCUGGAUGUUGAAAAGCGUGUGUUGCGCAUCCCUAACCCUCCACCAAGACCUUCUGUUUCUGUGUCAAACUCUGGUCCAUCAAACGGAUCGACUGCAAAUCCGCCACGGCCACCACCUCCUCCGCCUCCGCCAAAGUUUUCCUCAAAAAGUACUGGUGUAAUGAAGAGGGCACCACAGGUCGCAGAGCUCUACCAUUCACUUAUGAGAAGGGACUCAAAAAAGGAUACUUCCAGUGGUGGAGUCUGUGAAGCUGCUAACUCUGCUAAUGUGCGGAGUAGCAUGAUUGGUGAAAUUGAGAACCGCUCUUCCCAUUUGCAGGCAAUCAAGGCGGAUGUUGAGACUCAAGGUGAAUUUGUGAAAUCAUUGAUUAAGGAGGUGACUAAUGCAGCCUACAAAGAUAUCGAAGAUGUGGUUGCAUUUGUGAAGUGGCUAGAUGAUGAACUUGGCUUCCUAGUGGAUGAGAGAGCAGUGUUAAAGCAUUUUGAUUGGCCUGAGAGGAAGGCAGACACUCUACGAGAGGCAGCUUUCGGGUACCAGGACCUGAAAAAAUUGGAAUCAGAAGUUUCAAACUACAAAGAUGAUCCACGCCUACCCUGUGACAUUGCACUGAAGAAAAUGGUUACAGUAUCUGAAAAGACUGAGCGAGGCGUCUACAACCUUCUGAGGACAAGAGAUGCUAUGAUGAGGCAGUGCAAGGAGUUCAAUAUUCCUACUGACUGGAUGCUUGAUAACAAUCUUAUUAGCAAGAUAAAGUUUGCUUCUGUGAAAUUAGCGAAGAUGUACAUGAAAAGGGUCGCUAUGGAGCUUCAGUACAUGGGACCUCUGAACAAGGAUCCAGCCCUGGAGUAUAUGCUGCUUCAGGCUGUCAGAUUUGCUUUCAGGAUGCAUCAGUUUGCUGGUGGUUUCGACCCAGAGACCAUGGAUGCAUUUGAAGAGCUGAGGAACCUUGUUCAUGUCAGAAAUAGCACCCAGUAGCUAGGAUGCAGCGCCACAAGCUGGUCAAUGUAGUGUUGUGGGAAAAAAAGAGACUAAUUUCAGCUUACCCUCUCAGUAAGCAUAACAGACAGUUGGCUUUUGGUAAUGUGAUGUUUGUAGGAUUGUUGUGCCGUGUGCAUUCUGUGUAAUAUAUGAGCUCUUUUACAUGUGUGUAGUGGGCUGAAGAGGCCUGCUGGCAGUGGGCUUGUGUAGGAUUUUGUAGCAACCUUGCUGGAAAAUAGAAAAAUGCGUCGGAACAUGCUCUUCGUGUGGAUUGGUGGGCACCGAGCAGUGUUGGUUA